AUGUCUGAAGGAGAUGUUGUAUCACAAAUUACCAACCCAGUCGAAAAGGUAACUGACCCAAUGGUUGCCCUUCGUAAGGUUCUCAAGGAGUCCUUGGCUGUCAACGGUCUCCAACGUGGUCUCCAUGAAGUCGUCCGUAAGCUCGACCAAAAGAGUGCCCGUCUCUGUGUCUUGGCUGAAAACUGUGACGAACAAAACUACGUCCGUUUGAUCAAGGCCCUCUGCGCUGAGCACCAAAUCCCACUCAUCACCGUUGAAGACUCCAAGCAACUCGGUGAAUGGUCUGGUCUCUGUAAGCUCGACAAGGAAGCCACCGCCCGUAAGGUCGUUGCCUGUUCCUCUGUUGCCAUUACCACCUUUGGUAAGGAAUCAGAAGAGUACAAGUUCCUCAUUGACUACGUCGAAAAGAACAAGAUCUAA